GCAUCACAUCUAACAUCUUAAUAUAAAUUAAUUCGAUUGACAUUGUAAUUUAUGCAAAGAAAGAGUGUGAGUCUAAAAUUUCUGAAGUGCAGAGCAGAUGGAAGGCAUGCAAGUUUUGGGUUUGGCUUUGGCUUUGAUCCUUUUCAUGAUCACCACACAUGCGCAUGGCCAAUAUUACUCUCAGAGUGUGCCAUAUGAAUCCUUACCAGAGAGAACAACCAAUCUCCACUUCUUCUUCCACGACACACUCAGUGGUAAAAACCCUAGUGCUGUUCUUGUUGCCCGUCCCAACAUCACCACGGGUCAGUCACUAGCUCCGUUUGGGAGCAUAUUUGUCUUUCAUGAUCCUCUUACAGUUGGGCCCGAACUGACCUCCGAGGUCAUUGGGAAUGCCCAAGGGCUGUAUGUAUCAUCUAGUCAAGAUAUACCAUCUCUAGUGGCAUAUUUUGAUUUUGGAUUCACCACCGGCGAAUUUAAUGGGAGCUCCAUUAGUGUGUUUUCAAGAAAUCCCAUAAUAAAUACCGAGCGUGAGCUUGCCGUGGUUGGAGGGAGAGGAAAGUUCAGGUUGGCUAGAGGGUUUGCUCAGUUGAAGACUUACUUCAUAAAUGCAACUAAUGGUGAUGCCAUUGUUGAGUAUAAUGUAACUGUGAUUCAUUAUUAAGUUAAAUGCAGAAUUAACUUGACAUGCAAAUUUGGUGGUUGUAAUUGAGUUUGGGAUUGAAUAAUUCAAUUGAAAUCUCAAAAAUCUAGCCGGAGGCAUGCCGGGAUUAUACCCGAUAAUUGUUUAAUAAAUAAUCCAGAUAUGUUAAUCUGA